AAUUUCCAAAUCUUCACUGUUAAUUUUCACAUCAUUACUAAAAAUUUUGAUCAAUCAAUAAUGGCGGUUUCAGUGAAACUAUUUGUUGUUCUUCUCUUCUCAAUGUGUGUUAUUGUCCUUCCAUUGGCAUCAGCUAAAUCCACUGACUUCGACUAUUGCAAUAAGAAGGGCAACUAUGCAGUUAAGGUGAGUGGAGUAGAUAUAACACCUUAUCCUGUUAAAGGAGGUAAAGAGACCACUUUCAGUAUUGCUGCAACUACAGAUGAGAGUAUCAGUGGCGGAAAGUUGGUGAUUGACGUCAAGUAUUUAUUCCUUCACGUCCACCAAGAGAGCCAUGACAUAUGUAAAGAGACAUAUUGCCCCGUGUCUGGUGAUUUUGUGAUUUCUCACUCUCAAGCAUUACCCGGAGUUACUCCUCCUGGUUCAUAUACCCUUACGAUGAGAAUGGUGGACGGGAGCAAUUAUGAAUUGUCUUGCAUAACCUUUGGCUUCAGUAUUAGUUUAAUCGCAGACUUAAAAGCAGUAGCAGAUAGUUAAGUGACAACUAAGUGAUAAGUUAUCACUGUGAACCGAGUGUGUCAUUAUGUUCUACAAAUCAUGUAAAUGAGUUCUACUUCUCUAGAUUUUGUCCCAACUUUCCUUGGUUUUCAGGUCAUGUAUUAUACCUUGCUUUAUGUGAAGUCUUAUCUCAGUUACUCUUUCGUA